AAGCAUUACCUGAGCCGCUGCCCUUUCCUUCCUGACAACGAUAAGCAAUUCAUGGCUAAAGCACGUAUGAUCAGUACGGAUCACGAUGACAUGGAUCCUUUGGUGGACAUAAGUUCAGCAUCUUCUGACUGUCCUGAGAUCUGCCUGGCUUACGAUUCAAAAAGAAUGUGCGGAUCUUCGGCGGGUCCACGCUCACCUACAACAAGGCACCAGACCAUCAAAAAAAUUGACUAAGAUCAUUGACGUGAAACGUUACCUCAUGCAUGCCACUAUUGCUAGUGAUGGAUUACUUGUUUAUCAUACAUCUCGCCCUUUUUCCUCUCGCCAAGAUCGUAUUAUUAUUCCACGUCAUUUCGUUGAUGCUAUUUUAACUGCUUUACAUAUUCAAUUAGAGCACCCCUCCGCUCACCAAUUGGCAUCUGUAUUUAAUCGUUAUUUUUUUGCUCUUGAUUCUGAUGCUAUGAUUAAACAUGUUUCUAAUGCCUGCCAUCAAUGUGCCUCCCUAAAAAAGUUUGUGUCCCGCUCCAUACCACAAACUACCAGUGAUAACUUACCAUCCGUCGGAUCAAUGUUUGCUGCAGACGUUAUUAAACAAAGAAAACAAUUGAUAUUAGUCAUACGAGAAUGUGUUACCUCUUUCACACGAGCCUGCUUAAUUGAAAAUGAAAGAGAAGAGACUUUACGUAAUGGUCUUGUGUGUUUAACUUUGGAUAUGACCCCUCUUGAUGGCCCACCAGCAUUAAUACGCACAGACUCUGCUCCUGCCUUUGCUUCAAUGGCAAAAAAUAACAGACUAGCCAAGCAUCGACUUACACUCGAACUUGGCCAUUCGAAGAACAUCAAUAAAAAUCCCAUUGCUGAAAAAGCCGUACAAGAAGUGCAGGAAGAAUUACUAAGACUUGCACCGGACAAUCAGCCUGUUUCUCAUGUCACAUUAUCAGUGGCCCUUGCUAAUCUCAAUUCACGACUACGCAAGAGGGGAUUAUCAUCACGGGAAAUGUGGACCCAAAGAGACCAAUUCACUAAUCAACAAAUUCCUAUGGAAGACAGACACAUGAUUGAAAAACAAUAUGCUAGUCGACUCCAGAACCAUAAGCCCAGCCAAAAGUCAAAAUGCCGUAACCCUAUUCCUAUAUCUCCCAUGAUUCGUGUAGGUGAUCUUGUAUAUUUAUAUGCUGACCGCAAAAAAAACUAAAGCCCGGGACAGGUACUUGGUUGUGUCUGUCAAUGGUGACUGGUGUAAUAUAAAAAAAUUCAUUGGUAAUCAGCUUCGAGCCAAUUCGUACAAAGUUCGAAAGUCUGAUUGUUUUUUAGUUUCACCCACAUUACCUUCCCCUUCCCAAGUUAUACCAGAUACCACAAUCAAUGACGAGAACUCUGAGGAUUUCUAUCCUCCGCUACUACCAAGCUCAUUUGUAGAUUUACUCCCCCAAUUACCUACUGCGAAUGUUCCCCCUCCUGGACCACCAGAAUUAUUUUUGCAAGAUGGCCCAGCACCACAAUCUCGCUACCCCCGUCGUGAGCAUCGUAAGCCUUCAUAUUUGAGUGAUUACAUUUUAGAAUAAGCCCGGUUUUGCAUUUGUUUUGAUUACAAUUUCGUUUACUAUGGCAUUCGGUUUUUAAGUGACCUAUACUUUCUCGUCAUUCUACUAAGUUUUAGUAAUGUUUUUCAUAGUAAUACCCAUUAUGGGAGCGAAGGAGGGAUGCGCCAGUUAUAUAAUAACGAGUGUUUGUCCUUUAUUGUGUGAUAAUAAGUGUUUGUACUGCCGACGCAUCUGAAGCGUCGACUGAUUACGAUAUGCCUCGCUGAUUUCGUUUUCCUCGUAUUAUUUCUCUCGCGCAAUAGCGCGUGUUAUCGUGGAUAAUAAAUUCAUUCCUGUUUUGGAUUUCAUACAAGA